AGUGUCAUGGGCCGCACAGGAACCGGGAAAACUACAUUUGUCAAUACCGCGACUGGUUCGCACCUAGCCGUUGGUUCCUCGCUGUCGUCCCAGACACGUUCCAUCCAGCUGUCAAGACCAGUCAAGAUCGACUCGAAGCGUGUAAUUCUGAUUGACACACCCGGGUUGGACAUGACUACCAAGUCCACUGAGGAGGUCGUGCAAUUAGUGGGUGCGUUUUUGACAAAGAUUCAUGACAGGCGCAGGAAGGGCACCAUCUUGCAUGGCACAAUCUAUCUCCACAGGAUCUCUGACGGUCGCAUGGGCCACGUAGCGCUGGAGAGCCUCGUUGCCUUUCGAACGCUGUGCGCCCAGGAGGCGCUGACCAACGUCGCCAUCGUGCUCAGCAUGUGGGAAGACGUCAAUCACAGCGUGCGAGAAACGCGGAAGUACGCACUUUGCACUCGCAAGGCAUAUUUCAGGCCCAUCAUGGACGCCGGUGCCGUCAUCUUCCACCACGACAGGACGGCGAAGUCCGCGCGCGAGAUUGUCAGACACCUCGUCGCGAAUGCGCCACAGCCACUACAGUUCAGUCCAGACAUC